CUCCCAUUCUCCAGCAUUUAUCCCAUUUUGAUUUGAUAUUUCUGCAUACCUGCUACAUUUCACCCCUACGACAUUAUUUGAACUGUUGCAAGAUGUCUCAGCUGGCCACACGAGGGGGACGUUCAACUUCAGCUCCUGCUGACAGCUCGAGAACAGUCACAGUACUAGAUAGUCAAACUCGUGAAGAAGAGGUCGGCACUGCCUCUGCAGAGGAGGUUGGGACACUGCGAUUACGGGGUGCUCGAAGUCGCGAUAGACCAAGAGUCGUCUGGAGUGAAGAUGUAGUUGACAAUGAGGGCGCUGGGAAGAAGUCAUCAAAGAUUUGCUGCGUAUACCAUAGACCGAAGCGGUUUGAUGAAUCGUCGUCUUCAGACGAAUCCUCUGGAUCGGAUUCCGAUUCAUCGUGUGAUCGCGCUCCUCACUCGCAUGAACCUCGGAAAAGACAUCGCCAUCCGAAACCUGACACAAAUGCAAAUCCGGAUGGUGGGAAUACGCAAAGUAGAGAAGGUGGGGAAUCGGUGGUACAUGAGCUACAUAGUGACUCAGAUGAGCCCAACAUGUACGAGAAGAUACCUAAAAGACCGAAAGGCAAAGGCAAAGGCAAGGGCACAGGCAAAGGCACAGGCAAAGGCAAAGGCGUUGCACGGAAUGGAUCAUCAUGAUUUUUAUUGUACUCUCUCUGUAUUUCUUUCCAUCAAGAACUUUUCAUUGUACAGCACGCUUUCGGCAGAAUUUCCCGAUCUACAUCUUCCUAAAUCUAAUCAGCUACUAAUGCUCUAGAUGAGUCCUUUGACGUCAAUUCAUUGCUUCCGGAUUUUGUCCGACGUUGUACCCGAGGAUGUUCCCAAGUGUUCUCUAGCCUGACUAUUAGUCA